AUGCCCGGCCCGCGCCCCCGCGCCCCCUGCAGCCCCGAGCCCCUGCGCUCCCUCCUCCUGCUGCUGUGCGCGCUGGCGCCCGGCGCACCCGGACCCGCACCAGGGUCGGCGGCCGAGGGCCCGGAGGCGCUGGACAUUGUGCACCCGGUGCGCGUGGAUGCGGAGGGCGUCUUCCUGUCCUACGAGCUGUGGCCGCGCGCGCUGCGCAAGCGGGCCUUGUCCGCGCACCGGGCCGUGCGCGCCUUCUAUGAGUUGCAGUUCCGCGGCCGCGCGCUGCGCUUCCACCUGGAGGCCAACACGCACCUGCUGGCACCCAGCUUCGUGAGCGAGACUCGCCGCAGCGGCGGCCUGGGGCGUGCGCACAUCCGCACGCGCGCGCCCGCCUGCCACCUGCUGGGCGAGGUGCAGGACCCUGAGAUGGAGGGCGGCAUGGCCGCCAUCAGCGCCUGCGACGGCCUGAAAGGUGUGUUCCGGCUCUCCAACGAGGACUACUUCAUCGAGCCCCUGGCGGGCGCCCCGGCCCGGCCCAACCGCGCCCAGCCGCACGUGGUGUACAAGCGGCAGGCCCCCAGGCGGCAGGCAGAGCGGGGCGACCCCGAGGCUCCACGCACCUGCGGGGUGCAAGGGGCCCUGGAGCAGGAGUCCUGGCGGCAGUCGCGGGAGCGCUCGGACCAGCGGCGCCGGCGGCCGCGGUACCUGCGCCAGCCUUCCGUCAGCAAGGAGAGGUGGGUGGAGACCCUGGUGGUGGCCGAUGCCAAAAUGGUGGAGUACCACGGGCAGCCGCAGGUCGAGAGCUACGUGCUGACCAUCAUGAACAUAGUGGCCGGCAUCUUCCAUGACCCCAGCAUCGGGAACCCCAUCCACAUCACCGUCGUGCGCCUGGUCCUGCUGGAAGACGAGGAGGAGGACCUGAAGGUCACACACCAUGCGGACAACACCCUGAGGAGCUUCUGCAAGUGGCAGAGAAGCAUCAACAUGAAGGGAGACAGCCACCCGCUGCACCACGACACCGCCCUCCUGCUCACCAGGAAAGACCUGUGUGCGUCCAUGAACCAGCCCUGCGAGACCCUGGGACUGUCCCACGUCGGGGGCAUGUGCCAGCCCUAUCGCAGCUGCAGUAUCAGCGAGGACACGGGCCUGCCCCUGGCCUUCACCGUGGCCCACGAGCUCGGCCACAGCUUUGGUGUUCAGCACGACGGAAGCGGAAAUGACUGUGAGGCUGUUGGGAAACGGCCUUUCAUCAUGUCUCCACAGCUCCUGUACGACACUGUGCCCCUCACCUGGUCCCACUGCAGCCGCGAGUACAUCACCAGGUUUCUCGACCGGGGCUGGGGCCUGUGCCUGGACGACCCUCCCACCAAGGACGUCAUCGACCUCCCCUCGGUGCUGCCCGGCGUCCUCUACGACAUGGACCACCAGUGCCGCCUCCAGUACGGGGCCACCUCUGUGUUCUGCAAGGACAUGGACAACGUCUGCCACACACUGUGGUGCUCGGUGGGGCUCACCUGUCACUCCAAGCUGGACGCAGCCGUGGACGGCACCGCCUGUGGAGACAGAAAGUGGUGUCUGAGCGGGGAGUGUGUUCCUGUGAGCUUCCAGCCCAAGGCGGUGGACGGCGGCUGGUCGGGCUGGAGCGCCUGGUCCGCCUGCUCGCGCAGCUGCGGUGUGGGCGUGCAGAGCACCGAGCGGCAGUGCACGCAGCCUGUGCCCAAGUACAAGGGCAAAUACUGCGUGGGCGAACGGAAGCGCUUGCGUCUUUGCAACCUGAAGAAGUGCCCCUCCGGCCACCCCUCCUUCCGCCAGGUCCAGUGCAGCCACUUCGACGCCACCUUCUACAAGGGCCAGCUGCACACGUGGGUGCCCGUGGUCAACGACGAGAACCCCUGCGAGCUGCACUGCCGGCCCGCGAACGAGUCCUUUGCUGAGAAGCUGCGGGACGCUGUGGUGGACGGCACGCCCUGCUACCAGGGCCGGGCCAGGGCCAGCCGCGACCUCUGCAUCAACGGCAUCUGCAAGAACGUGGGCUGUGACUUCGAGAUCGACUCGGGCGCCCUGGAGGACCGCUGCGGCGUGUGUCACGGCGACGGGUCCACCUGUCACACCGUCAGAGAGACCUUCCGGGAGGCUGACGACCACAAGGGGUAUGUGGACGUGGCGCUGAUCCCGGCCGGUGCCCGGGACAUCCACAUUGAGGAGCUGGAGGAGAGCAGCAGCUUCCUGGCCCUGCGGAGUGAGGACCCCGAGAAGUACUUCCUCAACGGCCACUGGACCAUCCAGUGGAACGGGGACUACGACGUGGCGGGUACCAUCUUCACGUACGCGCGCACAGGCGAGCUGGAGAAACUCUCGUCCCCUGGGCCCACAGAGGAGCCCGUCUGGAUCCAGCUGCUGGUCCAGGAGAGCAACCCCGGGGUGCGCUACGAGUACACCAUCCACCGGGUGGCCGACGCCCAUGGCCUGGGCCUGCCGCCCACGUUCUCUUGGACCUAUGGGCCCUGGACCAAGUGCACAGUCACCUGCGGCUCAGGCACGCAGAGGCAGAGUGCGCACUGUGCCGAGUGGCAGGCGGGGCCCGUGGACGACAGGUACUGCGACCCCGUGGGCCGGCCCGACGACCGCCAGAGGAAGUGCCGCGAGGAGCCCUGCCCCGCCCGGUGGUGGACCGGCGAGUGGCAGCCGUGCUCCAGCUCCUGCGGCCCCGGGGGCCUGUCCCGCCGGGCGGUGGUCUGCAUCCAGAGUGUGGGGCUGGACGAGCAGAGGGCCCUGGAGCCCCCCGACUGCCAACACCUGCCGCAGCCCCCGGCCGAAAGCCCCUGCAACUUCCAUGUGCCCUGUCCGGCCACGUGGGCCGUGGGGAACUGGUCUCAGUGCUCGGCGACUUGCGGGCGAGGCACGCAGCAGCGAACGGUCCUCUGCACCCACGACAGCACCGUCCCCUGCGACGAGGCCCAGCGACCAGCCAGCGAGGCCGCCUGCCCUCUGCCGCCCUGCCCGCAGGCCCUGGACCCCGAAGGCUCCGGCAGCGGCUCCUUCGGCCAAAUCCUGUACCCCGACGUCAGCUUCAAGCCCCGCCACCUGGCCCCUCACCCGCCAUCCCCAUCCCCCCUCAGCAACAUCAUCGAGGAAGCGGGGGAGAAGGAAAAGGCGGCAGAGGGCGCCCAGCUGGGCCCGCCGAGACCCGUCUUCGUGGACGACUUCUACUACGACUACAACUUCAUCAGGUUCCACGAGGACCUGUCCUACGAGCCCUUCGAAGAGCCCGGCCCAGACCUGCCUGGCACAGAGGACUGGACGCCCCCGCCCCUGAGCAGUCCUUCUGAACCCCCCGCCGGGGCCCCCGAGCCUCCCACGGAGCUCCCCGGGGCCGAGGACCAGGAGGUGGCAGCAGACCCGACCCCUUGGCCCAGCCAGGCCGGCCUCUCCCCGCCCCUGCCCUCGGAGCCCACGCCCUGGAGCCCUUUGGGCAACUUGUUGCCUGAGGAAGACACCCCCAAGGUGGCCUCUGACCUGGGGCCCCCCAGCUUACCCUGGCCCCCCACUUCCAUCGGUGAGAUGCCCGUCGCCCCUGCGAGCGAAGAUGAGUUCCUGGUCGGGGAGCACGGCCCGAGCCAGCCGCCGCCUCCGCGGUGGGAGGUGACCAACGAGGUUUUGGAGGGUGAGGACGAUGCCGGGGGCCACCCGGCGCCACCCCUGCCCCAGACCCCCACGGCCUCGCAGCCAGGGGCCCGGGGCUGGGACAGCUCCCUGGGGCAUGGGGCACCCUCGUCCCCAGCCCCAGGCCUGGCUCUACGGGACCUGCAGACCCCAGCACUGCCCGGGACCUUCCUUCUGACCGCCCCCACGGGCCCGGGGCACAGGCCUCGCGGGACCACCGGGAGCCCAGGACCCCCGGGCCAGCCCGAGCCCCCCAGCCCUGAGGCGCCCCCAGGCUCGGUGCUGCUGUCCACUCCGGCUGGGGACGGCCCUGCCAAUGACGAGGAGCCGCCCUUGGACCUGCCUCUGACCAGGAACGCCAGCUGGGAAGUGGGGAACUGGAGCGAGUGCUCCACCACCUGCGGCCUGGGCGCCGUCUGGAGGGCCGUGCGCUGCAGCUCGGGCCGGGAGGACGACUGCGCCCCUGCGGGCCGGCCCCAGCCCGCGCGCCGCUGCCACCUGCGGCCCUGCGCCACCUGGCACGUGGGCACCUGGAGUAAGUGCUCCCGCAGCUGCGGCGGAGGGGUCUCCGUGCGCGACGUGCAGUGUGUGGACACUCAGGACCUCCGGCCGCUGCGCCCCUUCCACUGCCAGGCGGGGCCUGCCCAGCCGGCGGCCCGCCAGCCCUGUGGGGUCCAGCCCUGCCUCACCUGGUACACCUCUUCCUGGAGAGAGUGCUCCGAGGCCUGCGGCGGCGGGGAGCAGCAGCGGCUGGUCACCUGCCCGGAGCCCGGCCUGUGCGAGGAGGCACUGAGACCCAACAGCACGCAGCCGUGCAACACCCACCCCUGCACGCAGUGGGCGGUGGGGCCCUGGAGCCAGUGCUCGGUGCCCUGCAGGGGUGGCGUCCGCAGGCGCCUGGUCAAGUGUGUCAACACGCAGACGGGGCUGCCCGAGGAGGACAAUGACCAGUGUGCCCACGAGCCCUGGCCCGAGAGCUCCCAGCCGUGCGGCACCGCGGACUGCGAGGUCGCCGAGCCGCUGCGCUGCGAGCGGGACCGCCUCUCCUUCGCCUUCUGCGAGACGCUGCGCCUCCUGGGCCGCUGCCAGCUGCCCUCCAUCCGCGCCCAGUGCUGCCUCUCCUGCCGCGCGCCCGGCCGCGGCCGCCGCCAGCGGGCCGCCCGCCGCUGA